UUUUUCUCCAUUUUACCCAGCUUUGAUCUUCACCCCCUCCUUCCAUAUCAGACAUUCUCUCGAAAUUUAUGGGAAUCUACUUACCCUUUUGGAUUCUGUAGCAGAAUUCGCUUUCGCGAAGUUCCCAUUCAUAAUCUUAGCCAUCAAGUUCCGAUUUUUUGGUUGCCGGUGGGUAAUCAAUGGCAGGUUUCACCGCCGAAGAUCUGUCCACAAUCGGAGGAAUCGCCACCGUGUCGAUCCUGCAUUCCUUCAUUCCUACACACUGGCUUCCUUUCUCCAUCGUGGGUCGUGCCCAGAAAUGGACUCUCUCCAGAACCCUCCUCGUCACUGCACUUGGAGCAAUUUUGCACGUAAUAUCCACUUCACUGCUUGGUAUAACUGCAAUUACUAUGGCAAACACCAUUGCUGGUGAAGAAACAGUGCAUAAGCUUGCUUCACUUUUGCUCGUCUUUCUCGGUGGUAGUUAUGUCCUAUUGUUUUUUAUGGGAAAAGGCGGCCAUAGCCAUUCACACAACCAACCCAUGGAGAAAAUGGCUGUAGCUGGGCUUAUUCUUGUUCCAGCAUUGUCUCCUUGUGCUACAACACUUCCAGUAUUUCUUGCUGUGGGAAGUUCAUCUUCCAUGAUGGUGCUCGCGAUCAUAGUGCUGCUAUUCAGCACAAUAUCUGUGAUGACUUCGCUAGUAGCAUUGUCAUUUUAUGGGGCGAGUCAGCUGAAGUUUCAUUGGGUGGAGCGAUAUGACAAACUUCUUGUUGGUUCAGUACUGUGUUUAGUUGGAGUUUUGACCCUAAUUUUCCAUCAUCAUGAUCAUGAUCAUGACCACGGAAAAGUUGGUUCAGUUGGAGAGCACAUCCAUAGGAAGCUCAUUUCCUUGUGAGAUAUAUGAAUAUCUUUUAACUAGGAGCUUUUGAGGGUUGGCCUUGUAUUGUUUAUUUGUAUCUUCUAUAAAAAAAUGUUUCUAUGUAGAGAGUUGAUCAUCUUGUAACAUGUUUGGUUGUGUGGUUUUCAGUCUUAUAAUCACUUUUAGGAAGAAGCUACACAAUGUAGCUCAUGGAGUUGUUGUGCUUUGAAUUGUGUCUACCGCCAAUUCAAACUCACUAUCGGUAUAUUAAGAGUUGGUGUGCACUCAGUUUACUAUGUGAAAGUUGUAAAACAUUCAUAUUACUUUGUUCUUUUUUUUUUCUGUACAGAAGCUACUUAUUAAGGAAUCAAAGAGGUAUCAUUGGAAUA